AUGGCUCCGAUCAAGAUCGGCAUCAAUGGUUUCGGCCGGAUCGGCAGGCUUGUGGCCAGGGUUGCGCUCCAGAGCCCCGAUGUCGAGCUCGUCGCCGUCAACGACCCCUUCAUCACCACCGACUACAUGACCUACAUGUUCAAGUAUGACACUGUCCAUGGACAGUGGAAGCACCAUGAAGUUAAGGUGAAGGACUCCAAGACCCUUCUCUUCGGCCAGAAGGAGGUAGCUGUGUUUGGCUGCAGGAACCCUGAGGAGAUCCCAUGGGCUGCUGCUGGUGCUGAGUACGUUGUUGAGUCCACCGGUGUUUUCACUGACAAGGACAAGGCUGCAGCUCACAUUAAGGGUGGUGCCAAGAAGGUCAUCAUUUCUGCUCCCAGCAAAGAUGCUCCCAUGUUUGUCUGUGGUGUCAAUGAGAAGGAAUACAAGUCUGACAUCGACAUUGUCUCCAACGCUAGUUGCACCACUAACUGCCUUGCUCCUCUUGCUAAGGUUAUCAAUGACAGGUUUGGCAUUGUUGAGGGUUUGAUGACCACAGUUCAUGCCAUGACUGCAACCCAGAAGACUGUUGAUGGUCCUUCCAGCAAGGACUGGAGAGGUGGAAGGGCUGCCAGCUUCAACAUCAUUCCAAGCAGCACUGGUGCCGCAAAGGCUGUUGGCAAGGUGCUCCCAGAGCUUAACGGAAAGUUGACUGGAAUGGCCUUCCGUGUUCCUACUGUUGAUGUUUCUGUUGUUGAUCUGACUGUUAGACUUGCGAAGCCAGCAACCUAUGAUCAGAUUAAGGCUGCUAUCAAGGAGGAGUCUGAGGGAAACCUCAAGGGCAUUUUGGGUUACGUGGAUGAGGACCUUGUUUCCACUGACUUCCAGGGUGACAACAGGUCCAGCAUCUUUGAUGCCAAGGCCGGGAUUGCUCUGAACGACAACUUUGUCAAGCUUGUCUCCUGGUACGACAACGAGUGGGGAUACAGCACCCGUGUGGUCGACCUCAUCCGUCACAUGCACAGCUCCAAGUAA